AUGCACAAGAAGAGAAAUAAUGCUGAAACCUCCAACCAGCAAGGGUAUGACAAGAAACCUCGCUAUGUAGGAAAUAGUAAUGGCUAUGGCAAUGGAAAUGGCUAUGGAAAUGAAAGUGGAAAUGGUAAUGGCGGUGGCUACAGGUCUAAUGAUCGUUACAACAACAAUAACCGCAACCACCAAGGCCAAGGAAAUCAGAAUCAACAAGGAUCCCUUCCUUGCAAGAGAUGUCACAAGAGCCAUCGAGGUCGUACUUGCCAAGGUGACCCAAUCACUUGUUACGAAUGCAAGGAACCUGGACAUAAGGCACGUGAAUGUCCCAAGAGGCAGGGGAAUAACCGUCAAGGUCAAAAUGGCAACAAUAGUAACAAUGGAGGCAACUAUGGAAGGAACUCGAACAACAAUGUCAAUGGGAAUACCAACAAUGGUAAUGGUGGAGCGACAAACACUAACCAGAACAAUGGCAAUGGGAGGACCAGCAAUGGAAGGAUAUAUGUCAUGAACCAAAAUGAGGCUAGCAUCAAUGCCAAUGUUGUGACGGGUACUUUUCUUGUUAACUCUAAGCCUGCUCACUUACUUUUUGAUUCAGGGGCGUCUCAUUCUUUCGCAUCCACUUCUUUUGUGAGUAAAAAUGCAUUGAAACCUUCAUCCUCGUGCCAAGCCAAUAUAGUAAUACCAUCUGGGGAAGUUGUGCUUUGUAAAUCCCUAUACCAAAACAUUCCCAUUAAUGUAGCUGGAACUGAGUUACCUGCAGACCUUAUCCAGUUUAACCUUACUGAUUUUGAUGUAAUCCUGGGGAUGGAUUGGCUUAGUAAGUACAAGGCUAGAAUUGAGUGUCACACCCAGGAAGUGUCUCUUAGGGGGCCAAAGGGGAAUAGAAUUUCUUACCAUGGAGUUGUGUCUAAGCCUGAACUCAGUAUUGUGUCAGCCAUGACUUUUCAUUCUUAUAUUAGGAAAGGUUACCCCAUAUACUUGUGCCAUGUGCAAGAUGUGAAUGUAGAAGAGAAAGCCAUAGAACAGAUUCCAGUAGUAAGAGAAUUUCAGGAUGUAUUCCCAGAAGAAAUCCCAGGGAUGCCACCAGUUAGGGAGUUAGAUUUCAAAAUAGAUUUAGUGCCUGGGACAGGAGCUAUUUCCAAGGCACCAUAUAGGAUGGCACCCGCAGAGAUGAAGGAGUUGAAAGUGCAGUUAGAGGAGUUGCUUGAGAAAGGGUACAUUAGACCGAGUGUCUCACCUUGGGGAGCACCUGUUCUGUUCGUGAGAAAGAAGGAUGGGAGCAUGAGAUUGUGCAUUGACUAUCGAGAGUUAAACAAUGUCACAGUAAAGAAUAGGUAUCCGUUACCUAGGAUUGAGGAUUUAUUUGAUCAACUUAAGGGUGUUGGGAUCUUUUCGAAAAUUGAUUUGAGGUCGGGAUACCACCAGUUGAGGAUUGCAGCAGAAGAUAUACCUAAGACAGCCUUUCGCACAAGAUAUGGCCAUUAUGAGUUCACUUUGUCUGAUUAUAGUUUCUUAUUACAACAACAUCAUGAAGCUUAA